CUACAGCCAGUAAGUAUAUUCAGGCCUGCUGCAGCCGUGUGUGCGCCGCAGGCGAGCAAGCGAACGAGUGAGCAAGAGCGUCGUGCUGUUGAACAAGGUUGGGUUGGAGUUUGCGGUGAAUUUUGUGGUGGGGCGUGUGAGGGGAAUUUGUCAGGAUGCCGAAGAAUAAGGGAAAGGGAGGAAAGAACCGGAAGAGAGGAAAGAACGAGGCGGAGGACGAGAAGCGGGAGCUGGUGUUCAAGGAGGACGGGCAAGAGUAUGCGCAGGUACUGAGGAUGCUCGGCAACGGGCGGUGCGAGGCGCUGUGCAUCGAUGGAACGAAGCGGCUGUGCCACAUACGCGGGAAGAUGCACAAAAAGGUGUGGAUUGCGUCGGGGGAUAUUAUUUUGGUAGGUCUGAGAGAUUACCAGGACGACAAGGCGGACGUGAUUCUUAAGUACCAGCCGGACGAGGCCAGGCUUCUGAAAGCGUAUAGCGAGCUGCCCGAGAACGUGCGUCUGAACGAGGGUAUUGCCGGCGGCAUGGAUGACGAGGAGGGUGGCGGCGACGACGAUUAUGUGGAAUUCGAGGACGAAGACAUCGACAAGAUUUGAGGGAACGAUUAUUAGUGGUCUUGUGUGUCUGGGCGUGUGCAGUGGAACGCGUGGGACGGAGGCGGAAACCCUAAAUAUUUUUGUCUUUCUUAGUAGCCAUAGAGAUGAAGCCCUUGUGGCCAAGUCGGCGAGAUUCCCAGUCUGCGAAGAGGCCGAAUGAGAGCGCAAAUGAUUUGAUGCUCAUGAAGUUUCUGUGAGGAUUCAGUGGAGUUUUCUAUGUUGGGCUUGACCUGGUUGGGAUUGCGGUGUAAAGACCUUCACCGGUUCUCCUUGAUACGGCAAUUGAAAAAUUCAAUGUGCGUGCAUUCUGUA